AUGUCCGACUCCGGCAACCCCUUCAACGCCAAAACCAACAAGAACCUCAACACCACGCAGAGCAACGACGGCAACAUCCAGUCUACCGUCACAGGCGCCGCCAAGGGUGCCACCUCCAUCUUGGGAAACACCGUCGGAGGGCUGACGAGCACGGCGGGUGGCAUCGUGGGUGCUGCGACGCGCGGGGUCGGCGAGACGGUCAACAGCGCCACGGGCCAGACCGGCAAGCCCGUGGGCGAUGCCGUGACCAACAUCGGGGCCGGCGUGGAGAGUGGUGCGUGGGAGACGGCUGAGGGAGUGAAGAGAGCGGGUGAGUGGAAGGGGGCUUCUUAG